AUGUUGCCAACUCAGGCUAUUCUUCCUUUGCUAGCAGGCUCUCUGGCCCUCGGGCUAGCCUCCCCCAGGCAUGGGGAACCCGAUAUCUUCGAAUACAUUGUCGUUGGUUCCGGCCCUGGCGGUGCUCCUCUGGCCGCCAAUCUGGCCGAGGCAGGGCACUCCGUUCUUGUGCUGGAAGCCGGUAUCAACAAAACGGGGACUCGGAAUCAAACCAUUCCUUCUUUUUACGGGGUGAACCAGGUCGACCCGGAGGCAGCGUGGUUCUUCUACGUCAAGAACUUCGGUAACGAAGUAGACGAAGCACUGAAUGAAAAACUCGUUUAUCAAUUACCCAAUGGCUCCAAAUACAACGGACCAGAUCCGCCAGAGGGAUCAUCUCAGCUUGGUGUCUUCUACCCUCGAGCCGGUACAUUGGGCGGCUGUGACACUCACAAUGGAGGUAUUGUUGUCUUUCCACCCAAGGAGGACUGGGACAACAUCUCCGAAUUGACAGGCGAUGACACCUGGAGAUACGAGCACAUGAGGCCCUACUAUGAGAAGAUCGAGAACAACCACCACGUUCCCCCGGGAACUGCGGGUCAUGGGUUUUCGGGAUAUCUCGGCGUCGAUGUCACCGAAGCGUCGGUCGUGGAGGAAGCUAGGGGAACGGCCAAAGUCUUUGGCAAGCUGGACCGGAGCGGAAGCACCGAGUGGGAGACAAUUGUAACCAACGAUAUUAACAAUGUCUGGCCUAGCCGCGAUAGUGAUCGUGACUUGUACCAAAUCCCAUUCAAAGUCGACAAGGAGGGUAGAAGGAGCAAUGCAGCAACACGACUCAACUCGGUCUUCCACGCUGGCCAUCCUCUGACAGUGCGUCUCAACAGUCUCGUGUCACGUGUCUUGCUGGACCAUGGCUCCAGAGCCACAGGCGUCGAGUAUUUGGAGGGCGCCGACCCCCACGAGACCAAUCCUGGCGUUGUUCGGAGAGCUUUUGCAACGCGCGAGGUCAUCAUCACGGGCGGCACCUGCAACAGCCCCCAGAUCCUCUUGCUCAGUGGUAUCGGACCCGCAGAAGAACUCGAAAAGCACGGCAUUCCCGUGAAGAUUGACUUGCCUGGAGUGGGAAAGAAUCUCCAAGACCACCACGAGUUUGCCAUCAUCGACCGGUUCCAGCAAGAAUUCCAAAUGGGCGCCAAGUGCCGUACCUGGCAAGCUGAAGAUCCGUGUCUGGAUGAAUGGCUCCAGAAUGGAACCGGACCAUAUCGCUCCGCGGGGUUUGAUCACCUGGGCAAAUAUACAUCCUCGGUCGCGAAAAGUAAUACUUCGGACGUCGUCUUCCACGGUGGCGGCGGUAGAUACACGCCCACUUAA